UCAAGAGAAGUCGUCGUACAAACACACACUCAUCGUCUUAACUUGUCAUCUAAAGUCUGAAAUAGCAAGAUUAAUCUAUAUUUGUUGAGAUGAUUCGUGCGUCAUGUCUCCUGCUUCUAGUCCUAGUCUCGCUAGGUUUAGCCGACGAGCCUGAGGGCAUGUUGGACGGGAUGCCGUCUGGAGCACCAGAUCGGGGUCGUCCCAAGUUAGAUAUAUUUGCUCAGGGACUGACAGAGGACGAGAAAGCAGCAAUCCUGGCCCUACACAACAAGGAUCGUGGUGAGGUGUCUCCUUCGGCCUCCAACAUGGGUGAACUCCAAUGGAACGACGAAUUAGCGAAGGAUGCCCAGGACUGGGCCGACCAAUGCAUCUACAAGCACAACGGAUAUAGGGAUCGCAGAACAAGCCAAUGGCGUUGGGUUGGCCAGAAUAUUGCGGAAGGAACAAUAGGAUUCUUUUCUGUCCUCACUUUCGUAGAUUGGUGGAACAGCGAAAAGGACCUCUACAAUUAUGCCGACCGCACAUGUGAACCGGGCAAAGAGUGUGGCCAUUAUACACAGAUCGUGUGGGCUCAUACUCGGUACGUCGGAUGCGCUCUGAAGAGAUGUGAUUGGCAACGAUUUGAUUAUUUUGUCUGCAACUAUGGCCCCACAGGUAAUUACCCAAAGAUGUGGCCAUACAAAAAAGGGACACCAUGUAGCAGAUGCCCAAGCGGCUUCCACGGUGGAUGUUCUGAGAACUUGUGCAAAAGGGGUUAA